AUGGUGUUCAUCGUAGACCUAACAUUGUUAGAUGGACCAGUGAGACCCACUUCAGCACCUCUGGUCUAUCUCAAGCGCAAACGACUGUCCAAUACCAUAAAUGAAGAAGCAGGUCCGGCGAGUGCAAGUGUCAAUGGCGGGAAAGAGCAAGAUAUCAAGCCUCAUUUGCGAGAUGAACAGUUUCAAUAUCUCGAGGAUCGAAUCAAGCGACUUACUUCCCGACUGAACUCCGCUCGGAAUGGAGAAGGAGAUGAGGUGGUGGAUCUGACUAACGACAGCGAUGGAGACUAG